CCUGUUUAAAGAUGGCCGAUGACAAGAAUCGGUAUUGAAUGAAAAAUCAGCGCUAAUACAGCUGUAAAACUGUAAAAAUAGUGAUAUGUAAAUAUUUAUGUUAUUGAAACUAAAUGUAAAUAUUAGUCUGUAACUGUACUGUGAUAUGGCCGAUGCGGAAGCGGCGGACAGAGAAAUAAGGAAUCAGCUCGAUAUAAUUCAAUCCAUGAUUGAUGUUUCUGCUCAACGUUUAGAAGGGCUCCGUACACAAUGUGCAACAACCGCAGAACUGACCCAGCAAGAAAUCCGGACCCUGGAGGGCAAACUCAUCAAACUCUUCUCUGACCAAUUAAUCAAGAAGUUGGCGCUUCGGAGCGGGGGCGCCGACCAGAUCCCCUCGUUGAUCCAAUGGCUGCAAGUUGUGGGGCUCAGCGGCAACUCCAUCCAAGGGCUGUGCCAGAAGAUCUCCACCGUGGAGGAGCUCCAGGAGAAGUCCGAGCAUGAGCUCAGGACCAUCCUCAACGACCGUGGGGCGCGCCCCGAGGAGCUCAGUCGGCUGUGUCGCGCCCUCCACAACCUCAAACGCUACACAGAUGCACUCAAACGGGGCGCCAAAGACAACUCGGACAUGCACCUGUAUUGGGACUCCUGGGACCGGCAUCAGAACUUCAAAGUCGGGGGGCUGUCGCCGCGCACGAGCAGGACACGGGCCGCCAGGGCUUCGGUCCCGUCAGAGGAGAGUCUUUGCAACAAUAAUAAUCGUGGAGGUGCGAUCCCUCCUUCCUCCUCUGUGUCUAGCAUCAAUUCUCUGAAUGCUGAUCGGUGUGUGCUUGGGCCUCCCCUUACUCCCCCACCUCUAAAGGGGAAAGGAAUGAAAUUCCCGACAACGCCGCCGGCCCGCCGCAAGCACCUGACCGGAAUUCAAAAUCCAGUAUUGUUGUCUGAAUCGUUCCCCUUAACCAAAAGCAAAUCGCAUGAGUCACAAUUGGCAAAGGGCGAUAACGGUGAACUACCCAGCGGUGAAAAGGGUUCUGGGAAGCGGUCAAGGUUACCGACUGAGCCAGGACCUGACACUGAUUACACAAGUCCGAUCCUGACCAGUCCCAUCAAGUCACCCCCAUAUAAUAACACCGGAACCGAUAGUGACGACAAUAGUUACAAAUCAGCGCCGAGUCUCCAAGUGCCCAAAUCACCGAGGACACCGACGCCGGUGGGGCGCAGCAUGGCACAUCAGAUUAAUCAUAGGUUUACGAAAACGUUUAAGAUGAUUGCGACGUGUGGAUAUUGCCAGAAACCGAUCUAUUUCGGAGCGGGAUUAAAGUGUAAAGAGUGCAAGUAUACUUGCCAUAGGGAGUGCGAGGAUAGGGUCACACCCUCUUGCGGAUUGCCACCGGAAUUACUCGACGAAUUUAAGAAGAAAUUGUCGUGUGAAGUACAGGUUUUUCCCUCGCCUAAUCCGAGCAGGGCUAGCAAUACGAAAAAUAUUAUCAAUUCGCUCAGGAUGAGGAAGAGGUCGCAUCCGCAGCCUUCGAUCAACAUUGCGCCGUUUCCGCCUCCCGACUCAAGCUCGAACACAUCAAGUUGCAAUAGCUCAACUCCUUCCAGUCCCGCCGUUACAAGUAUACCAACGCCUCACGCUAGUCACAAACAAUUUCAUUUCCCUGAUUUAGAUCCGAAUGAAUCGUACGAAAUGCCAAUUGAAACCGACCCUUUAAACACCCUCCAUCACGAUCAACAAUCACGUGAUAGCGAUCGUACGGCAUCUGUUUCGGGCAGUACCGAUUCUGAUAAAACACCAGUCAGAGUAGAUUCGCAAGAGAGCCAAGUUUCGGAUACUGAAACCAUCACGGACGGUCAUAGAUGGCCGAGACAGAACAGCAUGUCUAUGCGCGAGUGGGAUAUUCCAUACGAAGAGCUGAAAAUGGGGGAGGUGAUCGGGACAGGUCGGUUUGGUACUGUAUACAGAGGGUAUUGGCAUGGAGACGUUGCCGUGAAAGUACUCAACAUGAGUUAUCUCAGCGACGAAAAGACUUUAGAGCAGUUCAAAAACGAAGUUUCGACGUUUCGUAAAACGCGUCACGAGAACGUGAUUUUGUUUAUGGGGGCGUGUAUGCAGCCACCAAAGCUGGCAAUUGUGACGAGUCUGAGCAAAGGCAUGACUUUGUACACACACAUACAUUUGAGGAAAGAUAAGUUCAAUAUGAACAAAACGACAAUCGUCGCUCAACAGAUCUCGCAAGGAAUGGGUUAUUUACAUGCGCGAGGCAUCGUUCAUAAGGAUCUUAAAAGCAAAAACAUUUUUCUAGAGAAUGGGAAAGUCGUGAUCACCGAUUUUGGGUUGUUUAGUGUUACGAAAUUGUGUUUUGGAAAUCGACAAAAUGAUGGUUUAUCUAUACCUCCAGGUUGGCUGUGUUAUUUAUCACCGGAAAUUAUUAAAAAAUUGCACGCUCAUCAGUUACAUGCCGAGGAAUUGCCGUUUAGUAAAGCAUCGGAUGUUUAUGCUUUUGGUACUGUUUGGUACGAAUUAUUGUGUAGCGAGUGGCCGUUUAAGUCACAACCGCCUGAGGCAAUUAUUUGGCAAGUGGGUAAAGGUAUGAAGCAGCCUUUAGCCAAUCUUCAAGCUUCACGCGAUGUCAAGGACAUUUUGAUGCUGUGUUGGUCGUACCGUGAAGAGGAUCGUCCCGACUUUAUCCGCCUUGUGAACAUUUUGGACAAGUUACCGAAGAAGCGUCUGGCUCGAAGUCCCUCUCACCCGAUUCAUUUGUCGCGUUCGGCCGAAUCGGUCUUCUAAAAUUGAGCAAAAGAAACCCCUGGAUGUUGUGUGUUACUUUUUGUAAUUUUUGCCUUGUCGGUUGUUGGGGUCCGCCCGAUAGCCAAUCACUUGUACAAAAAAAAAAAAAGAAUUGUGCGUGCAAUGAUCUUAAGGAUUGUGCUUAUGAUGUUGUAUAUUUUUAAAGUUCGACGAAAUGAAGCGCUUUCUGUUGACCGCAGAAUCGCCUACAACGGCUUUGUGAUUGUGGCCGAUUCUGGUUUCGUUUUUCCCAGUAUUGCAUUUUACUGUGAUCUUUAAUAAUGGAUUCGCAAUUGUUUAGUAUUAUUUACGAAGUUGCCGAUCGAUUGGACCAUUUUCAAUUCUCUUAAUGUUGAACAAAAUGAACAAAUGUUAUUUGUUAGAGUAGUGCCUGUUUUAAUUACGUUCAGGUGACUUCUUGACUCGUCUCUCCUUUCUCCCCUCGUCUGUAUUUUGGCGUGCAGUUAACUAAUAUUUUUCAAAGCGAUGUAAAUUUGUACAUUACGACUGAGUGGUGAUUUAACUGCACUUUCGACUGUCUAUUAAAUUAUUUUUGCCAACCAUUUGUAUAUAGGAAAGUCUAUGUAAAUAAUGAGAUUUUAGUCGUUUUUUCGACGACUCUGUAUAUAUGUUAAAUGCAUUCCCACGAUGUUUCUGUCACUCUAGUCAAUUUACAAUAUUUUGUACAAAGUCGCGGCAUUAAACGUCCACUUUAAGGCCCCGAUUUUGCCCCCAUACUUAUACAUUCUGAUCUGCAGUCAAUGUACAUUAUUAAGGGAUUAGGGUAAAUAAACUAUUAUACAACAUU